CCGAGCGGGGACGGCACGCUGUGUGUGUGCGUGUGUGAGUCAUUGUGUGUAGUGUUGGUGAGGUGAAGGUGAAGUUUGUCACCUCGACCUACACGAUGCCUAUCAUCAGGACGACUGUCAAUACACUGCACUGCUAAAUAAGGAUAAACCCCACCAAACAUCAAACUACAUAGGAUGAGCGAGUGGCCGUCACCACCAGCGCCAGUCCGCUGAGCGCCGCAGAGUCCGCGGGAGAUGCUAAGUGACAUGGCCUCACUCCCAGCGCUCAUCGCCACCAACACGUCACUCUCCCCUGCAACGCAGACUGAGGUGCCCGGACAGUCACUGGGGCCUCUGCUGGCCCGAGGUCUCAUCAUGGGCACCAUCAUCUUCGGCGCCGUGCUCGGCAACGCGCUCGUCAUCAUCAGCGUGUUCCGCCACCGCAAGCUACGUAUCAUCACUAACUACUACGUGGUCUCCCUCGCGUUAGCGGACCUGCUGGUCGCUCUCUGCGCCAUGACGUUCAACGCCAGCGUGGAGCUGACGGGCAAGUGGAUGUUCGGUCAGUUCAUGUGCGACGUAUGGAACUCUCUGGACGUGUACUUCUGCACGGUGUCCAUCCUACAUCUGUGUUGUAUUAGUGUAGACCGGUAUUACGCCAUAGUGCGGCCGCUGCAAUACCCCAUCACCAUGACACACCGGACUGUCUCGUUCAUGAUCGCCAACGUCUGGCUAAUGCCGGCCGCCAUUUCGUUCACCCCCAUCUUCAUGGGCUGGUACACCACUGCAGCUCAUCAAGAGUUCCGCCUCGCUCAUCCAUCCGUCUGUAUAUUCGUGGUCAACGACUACUAUGCCAUCAUUUCUUCCUCUGUCUCUUUUUGGAUUCCUGGGAUCGUCAUGAUUACCAUGUACUACAGGAUAUACAAGGAGGCUGUGCGGCAACGGAAAGCGUUGUCACGGACUUCUAGCAACAUCAUCCUCAACAGCAUCCACCAACAUCGCACACAACAUCCGCACUAUCGCCACACCCUCCACCCCAGCGACGGUGACGUCAUGAGUACAGCCACCACCAGCACGGCUGGCAGCCGCAACAGCUCUGCAGGCUCCAACACAUAUGGUGCUAUGAUCAAGGCAGAGCUCAAUGCUAAUGGGACAGUGGUGAAACAGUCGUCCAGCAGCUGGAGAACGGAGCACAAAGCCGCUCGCACUCUAGGCAUCAUCAUGGGCGCCUUCAUGCUGUGCUGGCUACCAUUUUUUCUGUGGUAUGUGAUCACGACAUUGUGUGGGGACGCUUGCUACUGUCCAGAUAUUGUAGUAACAGUGCUGUUCUGGAUUGGCUACUUCAACUCCGCCCUAAACCCGCUCAUCUACGCUUACUUCAACCGUGACUUCAGAGAGGCGUUCAAAGACACUAUUGAGUGUGUGUUUCCGUGUUGCUUUACAUGCUGUCCAAAGACUAACUCCCCGCUCAAUUAUGUAUAAUGAUGGUCCAACGUUAGAGAUUGGGCGGUCUAGUUUUGCCAUUGCCGACACGCAGUUUUGAAUUGGAACGAAUUUAUUCUUAUUAAUUUCUUCAAAGCCGUUUGUUUUUGUAAGAAGAAUUUAACUGUUCAGUUGCAACAAAUUGUACAGCUAAACUAAUUUUUAAUAAUGUAAUCAACAAAUAAGCCUUUUUUGUCCCUAUUUUAUUUAACAUAUCUAUCAAAGCAACUAUUACAGUAUACAAUUACAGUUUUCGUAUAAUCAUGCGAUCUUUAAACAUUGAAAUUAACUAUCUAAAUCAUACGUAUCCAUCCAUAUUCGAUUUUCAAAGCGUGUUUGAGUGAGGUUGUGCAAUCAAGCUUUAGCCUAUUGCUAAGUUUUGAUUGGCGGAAACUAGAGUGCCUAGUUUCUACCGUAAAACUGUUGUAGCUAAUUAUUGUUUUACAGUAUUGUAAUAUUCUUAAAGAGCAGCAAAUAGUGUAAAUACGCGUUACAAGUACCUAUGUAAAUAAUUGUUGAGGCUUUGCUCCAUUGUUGAGUGUACACUUCCAAACACGUCAUACAGAGCGGUUUUGCUUUUAUAUGACUUAAAUGUAAUGUAACUUGUGUAUGGUGCCCUAUAACUUAUUAAUUUUAGUUAUUAAUUGCACACCAUCCUUUAUGUAAUUUAUAUCUGUUUCUGGUCAAUAAAUACUACAGACAUCUUGUAACAAAUGAUCAAAUCAUUAAGCUCGCUGUCAAGAUAAUCCAGUUGUAAAUCUUUUUGUCGUUCAAUUAUCCCAGUGUAAAAGGAUUAUGGACAGUAUAUGAAAAGCUUCCAUUAUUCUAUUUCGAAACAAUAGUUAGCACUGUUGGGAUUUGUAUUGUUCUCAAAUUAACGUGAAGAGUGAUUCAUUAUUACACUAAACUCCUUUUCAGCAAGAUUAUUAGUACUGAUAAACAGGUAAUUUGUCACUUGUGGUUUUACUCUAUGACUGUCAAUAAAAUGCAAUAAUAUAAUAUUUUUAUCUUUACCUUAAGCUACAUAGUAAGUUAAGUUUUAAACAGUAUAUUAAGUUACUUAAACACUUACUUUAAAGCGUGUGGCUUCCUUUAGCUCAGACCAAAGUAUUUGUUUACUUACAGGCCUACACACUUUUAAUAGUUUAUAUUAACCUAACAUUUCUCUAAAAAAAUGGAAUACUGUUUCAGUUUUUUUAAUUCUUUUUUUAUAGAUAUUUUGUCGACGGGUCUUUCAAAAAUACGUAUUAAGAGGGUUCUACCUGGUCAAUUCAAGAUGGCGGCUAAACAUGCUAAUUCUUCUAAACAUGCCGAUACGGUACAAGCUCUCAACACUCUAAAACUAAUUUGUUUCCAAUGAUUGUGUGCUUCUUGUGCUCUUAACAUAUCAGAGCUUGCAACGGGUGGAGGAAAAUAAGUUUUAACUAUUAUUUAGUAGUUAAAAACGCAUUCGAAAAAGACUAAUUUACAUAUUUUCAAAACUAUUUUGUAUUUUGUACUUAAAGAAAAUAUUACGAAGUCUCAGUUGAGCCAGGUCAUAGUUUAGAUCUUUGUAAAUAUUUUACAGUUUAUUUCACACUUUAAUAAUGCCAGGAUGUUAUUUUUGAAGGAAGUGGUAAACAGUCAGCGGGUGGAACCUACUUAAGUUAUGUUGAUUUCGAAUCUAUUGAUUUCUAAUUGAAUAAUUUGAAUCUAAUUGAUUUCAAAUCUAAGUAACUCUUUGUAUUUUACUAUGUCAAAGCACAUUUGUUAUUUUUAUAACCGAUCCCAACCUUGUUACUAUCUAACGUCAUUUGGUUGUUAUAAAAUAAUAUCAACAGCUAAAACCUAACGAUAAAUGGCAACUGGGUUGAGAAAAUCCUUCCCUAGAUCGAAUCAUCAAACUACGGAGUUGAAAGUUACCAGCCGAACCACUGGGCUUUGCAGACGGUUGAAAAUAAAGAACAAAGCAAUAUAAUAAAGACACUAUUUUAUAGAUUCAUUACUUGUGCCGAAACAUUUAUAUUUACUAUUUAAAGAUCCGUUACUACAAUAUUGCUAUUAUUUGUUUCAUACUUGCAAUCCAACCUAGCACUUAGAGACAAGCUGCCCUGCUGUGAUACUAUAUAAAUAUAAUCAUGUAGGAACUAUAUAUAGUUAUUGUACAUUUAUAGCUAUAUUUACUUUGGUAAUGAAUAGGGAACUGUAUUUUUUAUACUUUGGAGCUAUUAAAUGUAAGAUUGUUUAUUUUGAUGUAAGAGAAGAAUAAAUCGUUGUUAAAUGUAAGUAUUGUUAGUCUAAUUCGUGGACAUUGUACGUUUCAAAGCAAAGCAAUGUAGACAGAACCCCACUGUUGUAUAUUUAGUUAGAACUUUUAUAAAGUUUUUAUUGAUAGUCUUAGGUGCUGAUUUUACUAUGUAUUUUACUAGCGAUGCGUAGCCUUGUAAACUGUUAACAAAUAGGUUGAUUAUAUAACUAUUACACCUAAAUAAAUUUUGUAACUUAAGUUCAAAUUACUUUUUUACAAGCUUAUGGGUUUUUAAUAUUUCAUACGACACAGGAGAAACAUAACUUAUUUAUCAAUUCUUUCAUUGUCAGGACAUAUCUUAUUAUAAAUAGAUAUUUUAAAAACCUACAGUAUACAACAAAAGACAAUAUAGCUUUCAAUAGCAACAUAGACACUCAGUUGGUCCGCUAACAAUCGUUAGUAGGCUACUUAGCAUCAACUUAAGCUACCAAACUUCUGUUUUAACCAUAGAACCUACACAGAAAUUGCUGAUAAUGUGAUACGUUUGUAUACUGUUUUAUGUACAAAUAUAGUAUUAAA